GUGCGGAUUAGGGCGAAUCCUCGGCUACAUCGGCGGACGACCGUCGGUGGGGGCCACCAACAUGUCGCAGUCCGGGUCAGGUGGACUGAGCGAUGCUCAAGGACAGAGCCAAGCUGGACAAACAACGGAUAAUCAACAGACAACUUGCCAGAACGGUCGUGCCGAGCCACUCGCUGACACGACGAAGCAGGAUCUAUCCAACGGAUUUGAGAAUCGAACGAUGGAUUACGAAAGAUUUACCCAAGAAAGGACACAACAUACCUCGGGGCAAGUUCAGGAUCAGCAGCCGCAGUCGGUUUCGCAGCAACAACAACUUGCUCAUCCGAUAGCGCAGUAUCCGUCGGGAAGAAGGCAAUCCGUAGGAUUACCGGAAGAUAAACACCCUUCAACGGGACAACUACCACCCCCGCAAUACGGUCAAGACAAAAGCAACGCGGAUAGAGCUCAGCACGUGUCUCAGACCAGCACUCAGACGGUACCGGUACAAGUGCAGCCACAAUUCGCGCCCGAUUACGAUCAGAAUCAGUAUCCGCAGAUACGAGGACAGUUUGAGGUCAGGUCACAGAUCUACCCACAAACGCAAUAUUCCGAUAGAGCUGGCUAUGUGACGAGAGACGUUACUUAUCGCGACCCGAAUCUCUAUGGUCAGAGCGGUACGACUAAUCCGAUGUUCACAGGACAGGGUCAAUACGUAACGGUUCAACAUGGCUCACAGAUACCUUCGCAAUCCGCCAGCCCGCAGCCACCUUACUAUUCGGGUGUAGUCGUGCCAUCGGCUGGUUACGCUCAAUUCGGUACUCAGCCGCAAUAUCCUUACAGCCAAUACCCGCAAACGGUCAUGAACGCCGUACCCUAUAAUCCGCAUGCCGGUAUCUACCCAGCUCAGCAAUACCCCGGUCAACAGUCGCCGAAUCCGCAGAGAUUUUCGCAAGACAUCAGUCAGUAUCAGACGCAACCGAUCAUUCAGCCGAUAGCUCAGAAUGUAACCCACGGAAUCGCUAUUCAAACGGAGCGGCCUUGCCGAGGACCGAAGCCGAUGGUGCCGCCACGUGGCAAUUCGAAAAUCACCACUCACGAUCCCGGACACAGAAAAUCGGCCAGCGUCGACGUGCCAGCGUUGCAGAAGGCAAAAUAUGAGUCGAACCCGGCUGCUCAACAAGACUCGAUUCAUCGCAGCGAUGGUGCUAUUAUUAUGACGGGCGCACCAAUCGGUCCGGACGGCUCGGAUAGAAGAUAUUUAACUACGAUUAAUCAAAAUCCUAGAACGAGACAGGACGGUUUGUACGUGGACGCUAACGGUGAUCAGUCGGGCAGAGAGAAAAUGGUCGACACAAUCGCCACCGAAUGUGGUUUAUACGUGUCCAGGUCAGAGCACAGGAAAUCCGUAUCCGUCGAUGUGACUACCAGCUUCCAAAGACGUAACGAUACGAUAACGUUUACAUUUCCUGGCGAUGGAAAUCAAGAGAUUAUGUCGGGACGGAAAACUACGACUGUGGUAGACACGAAGAGAGUGGAGACUAAUCAAAUGUUCCCUGCCGAGCAACGAAGACUUGACGCGAGUCUGCGUGUAUCGCCCAUGGCGUUUGAUACGAGACAAGAAAAUAGGAAGAGCAUUGCGACCGAUAGAAAACCCGAAUGGGGUAACGUGAGUCCGAAUCAAAGGAACGUCAUCCCUCCCGAGAAUAGACGCUCGGAUUAUUUCGAGGAGCAUCGAAGAUCACCCAUGAAUUUGGAAGGCAAGAGAAUGGAGGAUGUAAGGAGAUCGCCUAUGCCGUUUGUGCCGAUUCGCGAAACGUCUGUUGAUCGCGCCGGACAGAAAAGUCCGUCUUUCGUUAGUCAAAACUUCGAGAAGACUAGACAGGAGCUAGCAAUCUGGGCGGAGCAACGUCAACGGCAAGAACACGAAAGAAACAUGAUACAAGGUCCGAUAUUCACGACAAGUCCUCGUUCACGUAACCCGUCGGAGGAAAGGAGAGACAUCAGAUCGAUUCAUCCGCCGGAUGACCGUAAGGAGUCCAGAAUGUCUCAAUCGGCCUUUCAACCGCUUCCGAAUAUUAGUCAGAGCACUAUAAUGGAGCAACGCCGACACCUGAGACACGUUAGCGCCGAUCUGACGAAACACAUGGAACUUUCGAGGAAGGAUUUCGACGAGCAACCCAUCACAGGUUCCGUAGUGAAUCUUGGCUCGGUAGUCAGUACCGCUUCGUCGCAGAGAGCCAGUCCAAAUCUUUGUCAUCAGUAUCCAGCUCUCAGCGAGGCAAAACUGGACGCAAAGGCCGUGUUGACUGUGGUUACUGAUUUUGGGGAAACGACCGCUAGCAAACAAGUCGACCAAAUCGACCAUAUAAUCCAUAGUCAUCGUAAAAGUCACAAUUCUUCGUCUAAUUUGCUCACUCACAGUAAGAGUCAAACGGAGAACCUGCAGAAUACGUUGGAAAAUCAGGGCGAGAAAACAGACUGUCUUCACGCUCAACAACAGCAGUUGCAGAAUCAACAGAGUCUCGAUUUAAUCUCUGAAAAGCUGAGCCAGUUCGAGCGCCAGCAGAGCGAUCUCCAAGCCAAGCUACAAUGUCUUCAAAAUCAGAAUCAGAUUCUGGACAAAGUGGCGCAAUUUCAGCACCAGCAGAGCGAUUUCCAAGCUCGAUUACAAAAUUUGCAAAAUCAAAGUCAAAUAAAUGACAAAACUCAUAAGAUAGCCGGCGAUUUCACGCAACUUCCGUUGACGAGCGACACUCAUCAGGUUCAAGCGAGCCCUCUUUCGAAUCAUCAGGAACAGUCGUCAGAUAAAUCCUGCUCGGCUCAUCAACCAGUACACGGCCUUCAUCAGACGCUGCUAACUACGUAUCCGCAGAACACCGCCCUUCAAACUUGCCAAUCGUCCGUGUGUGAGAAACUGACGUCUCGCGUGCAACACGACAUUUCCGAUCCGAAUUCCAUUCAGAUACCGAACAUGUCGCAAAUGCCGUUACCAUGCCUUCCGCAAUUCGAUCGUGCCGAUGUGUCGCGUACUUCGUUUUCCCAGUUUCACCGACUUCAGUGCCAGAUCGAGAGUCACGAGAGUGCUUCAGCGACGAGUGCCAGUCUACCUGCCAGUUCGUUCACCGGUACACUGAAGAAAAUACCACCGGAGAAACCGCCACGGACGUCCUUGAUAGUGCAGUCGCCAGAAGCCGAGAGUAAUCGCAGCCAGCCAGCCAUUGGAUUAAAACAGACGCCGAAAGCACGGUCGGACAGUAAAUCUCCUUGGAUGGAUGACCACGAGAUUCAAUCCACGGUGGAGUCCAUACUCGGGCCUGGUGUCAAGGUUGUGGACUGCGAGAAAAAGUCCUGCGUGAGAGAGGAGGAAGUCCUGCUGAUAAACGGUGUGCCGAUCCCCCUCGAGGGGCCAGACGGAGUCGCUAUACGAGAAGCCAUGAUAACCGGCCAGGUCCCACCGUGUGAUCUUCUCAACCAGAUUCUCGUCAAGGCUGGCAUUCUAAGGGCUCCGGUGCGACUCGAGACAUCCUUAAGUGUAAAAUCGUCUGUCGUGACGAAGGAAGAAGUUACUGUCGCUCGUGGCGGUAAAGUCGUUGACGAGAGAAGUCGCGAGACCAAGGAAAACAAUUGUUACGCGUCGUCGACCAGCGAGAUAUGGGAACCGGUGGGAAUCAUUCAUCGGCCAAGAAACAUUAAGCCAUUCGACAGCUCCGACGACUCCAGGCCGAACUCGAACGCUAGUUCCGAUCAAGGUUACACGACUAGCAGCAAUCAUGUCCUCAGAGAACGAGGCGGCGCCUCCACCGCGGGAUGUCCCAUCUGUGAGGACAACGAUCCCGACUGCACCAGAAGAUGUCUUAGGGGACUCACCGGUCUCGGGAGACAGAAGGUUCCUGGUGUCCGUACAACUACAUCGGUGCCAACCAUUUUCGGGACAGUAGCCUCGGACUUAAAUCCCAAAGAUGGGAACAGCCGAAAGAGCUUACCACAAACACCAGCUGGUGGUGCUGGUGGAAAAGCAAGUGCGAGUGGUACCGGUUCAAGCGCUGGAAUGGUCAAUGGUGCUGGUGUCGAUCAUGAAAAUAUCCGGGAUGGUGCUGGCAUAGAUACGGAGCUUGCUUUGGUGUACCGAGAUGGCAACCUGGUCUCAGGCUCACUCGAGGCGUUAGUGCAGCAUAUGGUGCCUACGGAGGAAUAUUAUCCUGAUCGGGCGUAUCUCUUUGCCUUUUUGCUAAGCGCCAGGCUCUUCAUCAAACCACACGAACUUUUAGGCGAGGUUUGCGCUCUCUGCGAGCAUCAGCAGAAUCUGAAUGGAGAGGGCGGCAAGGAACGAUUGCAUCGCUUCGUGCCGCGGCUGGUACAGCUGUUAGCGGAAUGGACGGAAACAUUUCCGUAUGACUUCCGAGAUGAGAGGGUGAUGGGUCACGUUAGGUCCAUCACGCAGAAAGUCGCCGCGGUUGACGCCGCGGCCAGGCAGGAAGUUUCAGCGCUGCUGCAAAACUUGCUGCUACGACUGACGGCUCUGGAAAGGUACGAAGAGGGCCUGGCUAGACUAGCGACUGAAGCAGCGACGGAGCAGCUUACACAGGUGGAUAUCACUGAACUCUGUCCAUCGGCCACUGUACUGGCACAACAAUUGACUCAUGUAGAACUUGAAAGACUCUCUUACAUCGGACCCGAGGAAUUUGUGCAGGCUUUCGCCAAAGAAUCGCCGCAUUUAGAAACGUCUUUUAAAGAUAUGAAGAAGACUCGCAAUCUUGAGUCUUACGUUCAAUGGUUUAAUAGACUGAGCUACUUCGUAGCGACGGAAGUUUGUAAACACGCAAAGAAAAAGCAGCGCGUUCGUGUCGUCGAAUACUGGAUCGAGACUGCCCGAGAAUGUUUUAAUAUUGGCAACUUCAAUUCUUUAAUGGCGAUUAUCGCUGGCCUCAACAUGUCCCCGAUAUCCCGCUUGAAGAAGACGUGGUCGAAGGUACAAUCUGCCAAGUUUUCGAUUUUGGAGCAUCAAAUGGAUCCGAGCAGCAAUUUCAGUAGCUAUCGUAGCACGUUGAAGGCCGCAAUGUGGCGAAGUGCUGGCGCUACAGAUGAACGCCAGCGAAUUGUAGUUCCCUUCUUUAGCCUUCUCGUCAAGGAUCUAUACUUCCUAAACGAGGGUUGCAGUAACAAACUGCCAAAUGGUCACAUCAACUUUGAGAAGUUUUGGCAAUUAGCGAAACAGGUGACCGAAUUUAUUGCGUGGAAACAAGUUGCCUGUCCGUUCGAGAAAAAUCCGCGCGUUAUUGCCUUUCUCCAAGCAAGUCCCGUACUCACGGAAAACACACUUGCAUUAGCAUCUUUCGAGUGCGAGCCGCCCGAUAACAAUCCGGAGAAGGAACGUUAUAAAGCUUUAAAGUCUGAGAUGAAUGCCCAGUGAAAGCAAGCUAUGCUGAAAUAUGCUGAAUGGGAACGAUAUUGAUCAUAUAAAUAUAUAUGAAGAUACAUUUAUAAAUAUUAAUAUAUUCGUAACCGUAGUUAGUUUAUGCGCAAAGAUGAUGAGAAAAAUGAAGAGUGAGUGGAAGAGCAACAGCGGAUUAAAGUAUUACUGAGGUAACUUAUGUGAAAUUAGGUAUUUCUGUCUUGCGAAUUUAUGCAUCGUCAAAAACACCUCUCAAUGAUAAUUUGACAUUAUCAAGAGUAUCAUCUCUAAUCGAUCAGGACAAUUACAAUAACUUUUCUACGUUUUUUCUAUUAUAUGUGAGAAAGCGAAAAGAAAGGAAAGAAAUUACACCCUUUAUACUGAUUUUAAUGAUCAAGCUAUUUUGUUGUUUGCAAAUGCGCUGGAUUAUUCAAACCAAUUCUCGAUUAAGAAACAUCGUUUGUACAGUACAGCCGUGAUGAGUUUCAUUUAAAAUUUAUAGUCAACAAGUCUGUGCUAAUCAAUCGAUUGCAUCUGGAUGAUAAUUAAUAUUAAAAUACUAAUUGUCAAUAAACGAAAUUGUACAGAUCGAUCGAUCUUGAUCAAAUUUUGAUCAUUCGUGGGUCGAAAAAACCAAAUCUGAAAAAUUUCGAUCAUCUUAGUGACCAAAAGUCUUCAUAGUUAACAUGGCGCGAAUAUAGAGUUAAGGACGCCUUGAGGACGAUUAUGAAAUUCGCUUGACAAUGUCGCGUAGCUGUAAGUAUAGUUCCUAAGCCUUCGUCUCGCCGAUAUCUUUUCUCUCGAGCGGCAACCGAAUCACGAUUCCCUUUAUAUUUCCGAACAAUUCCGGGUGUGACCCAGAAAUUCUCGGCUCCGCUUGAAAGUGACGCGAUCGGCGCGUUCAACUUUUUGUACAUAGUCCUUUUGAUAUACACUAACAGACUCCUAGAUGUGAGAGAUAGGGUCGUUCCUGUAGAGUAAGCCUGCGCGAUAAGUUCGAAAGGUAUAGUGUAAGGAUCAUUGUGCACGUACUUAAGAGGAUGAGGAAUUAAUCGCGAGGACGGUCAAUCGAGACGAGAACAAUUUCUUUUUCGAAAAUUUCGGCAAAUUGACACGGCUCAACCGUGAACUCGGGUUUCAUUUGAUAAUCGCUUUUCCCGUUUUUUCUGACGUGACGCACGUGAAUAUAAUAUAUGAAUGAUACAAUUGCGUAUAUACAUAUAUGGAGCUACGCGCGAUGUAACGACUCAAGUAAAUUCAAUUGCAACAAUCCCGUAUGCUUUUUCACAAAAUUUCACUGCAAAUAAAAUCGGUGAGGCAUGCUGAAAACAUUUAAUAUAUUGUGGUCAUAAAUUAUUCUUACGGGUAACGUGAUAUAUUACGUAAAUGUUUAUAAAAAUACUUUUUACUCUCCCCGGAUAUUUAUUAAUAUGAUUUAAUUUACAAAUGACUAAUUGUAAGAUAUUAUAAAUUUAGCAAUGAUAUAUGUUCACGGAUGUCUCAAAGCAUAUUUGCCAUAAAAAUGAAAUUAUUGUCAAAAAGUGACAAAGAUGGCUUUUCCCAGAACGAAUUGGGUUCGGCAUUAACGUGAUUAAUAAAUAUAAAUGUAGUAUGUGCCGUGCCUUUCAUCAAAUAUAGCGGAAAUAUAUUGAAUGCAAAAUUUACAAAUUGUGAAAUAUUAUUUGAUAAAAUUAUGAAAUAUUAAAUGACAAAAAUGUGUUCUUAACUCGUGCGUCGCAACAUCAUAUUACGCUUCUCCCGUUGACCUAUAAAUUACUGAUUCUAUAAAUUCAUAAUUUCUUCAUCUUUGCAACUAAUAGACAGAGAUGACGGUUUUGCUGUAAUAUGUCAGAUAAAAUUUCCAUUGUUUCACGUUCAAACAAAUAUUUGCUCAGAUAAAUUCGAAAAACGAAAACAUGUGUUUCCGAACAGUUAUAGGGACCAAGAGUUCGUUUCUCCUGGGUACAUAAACAUUGCCUAUGGCAUAACGAAAUACCGAGAAAUUGCGAUGGCACGAUCGAAAAAGAGAAACAAAACGGACUGUUUCAAAUUUCACUCACUGAAUCACGACUUCGCAGCCUGAGAGAAAAAUUGCAUGCAAAUCGGAACGUGUUCCAAAUCACGGGCAAUCUCAUUUAUCUGAAAGAAAUAUAUGUAUACAUAUAGAUUGAAGAAAUAAAAACGUUACGUAAUGAUAUUUCAUGAUUUUUCGAAACAAUAACACGUUACGAAACAAAACAUCUUUGAAUUUUUUAUAUCUCGUUUAUUGUUGUCUUUAACCAAAAUUCAAUAUCCGCUCUUAUUUCUUCUCAAAAUCACUAAAAUAAUUGUUAUUGAUAGAAAUCGAUAGUCAGACGUGGUUUUUUCUCAUUGACAAGAAUAAAUUCCAUUGCAUUUUUCACGUACAGUAUCGAGAGGCGCUCAAGAUAAUUUUAAUCUCCUUUUUCAGAUUUCUCUCUUUCAAGUAACGUAUAUUUCUGUGAAAUUGAUACUUUUAAUUGCGAUUUUCUCUCGGCACAUGAAGUAGAAAAUUACAAGCAGAUACGAAAUGCACUUAUUGUUAGGACGAAGUGUACAGACAGAUCGCGUAACAAAGAAAGUAUCAUUUAUUGAUCGAAACGAGAAAUUAUGCGAGCUCCGCGCAAAUCAGAUCAUCGUAAAGAAUACUCAUCUCCAUAUAUUAUUAAGAUAAUUAUUAACUCAUAUGCCACAAGUUAUUCGUCAAGUGCAAUUAUCCAUUUUAUCUAUACAUAUACUUUUUCCCCAAUCAAUGUUUUUUCUAUAUCUUUUAUAUUAUAUGUAUUUAUUAUGAAAAACUUGACUUACUGAGUCAUUUUUAUUAUUCAAUGUCCUUACCGUAUAUAAACGUACGCUUUUCAUCGAGAAAUGUUUUUAAAACUUUUUAUAGAUAAUGUACAUUAAUAUAAUAACAUAGAUGUAGAUUAAAAAAAAUACAUGAACAUGCGCCGAAACUUGUUGCUAUUAACAACAUCUUUUUUAACAUUUUUACGAAUUUACAAGUGACCAAUCCGCAAAAUCCGUCACUGUUGACUUGCCAUUUUAUAAAUAUCUUCGUCCAAUAUUAUUCAAUUAUUAAUAAUUCACGAAUAUUCCAACGAGAUCUGAUUGCGCCGCAAGCUUGUGGCAAUUUUCCCAUAAGUAUAACAACUCGACGAUUACACAUGCACGUUAUCGUAACUCAAUUAUUAACGAUAAGACUAAUUAUACUGUACCAUCGUAAGCGGCGUGCGUGUUACAUUGUCAAUAUACAUAGCGUUAUAUCACGAUUCUAUGAUUGUCAUUCAUGUUCAUAAAUUCCUAUUUUUCCCCCGACUUCUGUUAAUAUACACGAAAUCAUCCUUAUUCAUUUUUUGCUCCUUAAAUAGCAUCUUAUCCUCGAUGAAUUCUCUAUCAUUUUGUACGAUUUUUCUAACAGACACGAUAUGUUCGCAAUAUGUUCGUUAACUAAGAAUGUCGUCAACGUACAAUGUGACACAAUGAUGCAGAGCUGUUUCUAUUAAUCAAGCAAAAUGUUUUCCAUUAUAAAUUCUCUGUUUAUUAUCAUUAUUUCAAACUCCAAUAUUUUUUUAUCACUACCUUUCUCCUCGCAUUCGAUGACACUGAUGACAUUCUGUAGUUAACGAUAUUGUACAUAAACAGAUGAUCAUGUGUGUAUAUACAAUUAUAUACGUAUCUGUACGUUACUUAGAUUUACGUAGGCCGUAACCGAAUUUAGGAGUUAACGCAGCGAAAGCGAAAACGAAUCCGUUUUGCGUCGAGAUCUACGAUUAAUAUCAACGAUCAUAAUCGCGAUACGAUCAAUCUGAAAUUGCCUAACGUCACUUUAACGUAUAUACGUACGUUUAUUCUCAAUUUAUUGGGAUAACUUUUGCUUAAUAUCUAGUCACUAGUUCGUUAGUUUGACUUGAAUUUGUGUCAUUAAAAGAACGGACCAAUUUAACAUUUUUUUUCAAUUCAAAUUAUUUAUAACAAUUCUCUAGAGACUUCCAGCUCUAGUAAAAUUCCUGUUGCACAAAUGCGUCACAAUCCUCUGCAACUUUUUCUCGAUUACAUGUCCUAAACAAGAUAUUAAACAAAUAUUUUGGAAAAUACCUUUGAUAUUAACGUUUUAUAAUUUUAUUAUAUCAUAUCGUAUCAUUAUGACAUGUUUUCCAGCGACACAGAUUCGGGCCAUUUUAUGCCUAAAUUAAGCGAUUUUAAGUUAGAUUUAAUAUUACUUUCCAUAUUAAGCGCGCAUAUUUUUGAUCAACAUUCCUUUAAGUGAUAUAAAAUCGUAAUUGCACCGUACGAUGUAGUAGGAUAUCUCCCUUUAAGAAUUCUGUGUACAAUUCACUCUUUGUUUGUUAUCUCAUAGCAAAUACAAUCGAUAUAUCUCAUAUCUCUUCAUUUUUUUUCAGCAUACACAUCGAAAAAUGAUGGCAAAUUUCUCAUUUUGUUUACAAUAUUGUUAUUUAAGAUCAUUCAUUUCUUGCCAAGGAAAAAUUUUAAUAAUUAUCUACCUAUAAUUUAUAAACUUUUUUUCGCAAAUGUUUGUAAACACGACAAAAA